AUGCCGAAACGAUCCAAACAAUCACAAGAUGAUUUAGAAGAUGGAGAAAUUCGAAGCGAAAAUGAAAAUCGGAAAGACUUGAAGAAACGUAAAGAGGUAAAGUUUUGAAGGUUGGAAAAUGAUUAUCUAGGUACAAAUGAUUUUCAUUCUAGCUAUUGACUCAAAAUUCUAAUUCUAAAUAUCUUUCAAAUUUUAGGUUAUCUUAUCAAAAAAGGUUCCGAAAAUAGAUAAGAAAAAGGGUUCAAGAAAAGCAAAGAAAUCAAAAGAAGCAGUUGUUUUCGAAUAUUUUCCAGUUCUUCAUGAAUCUAUUGAUAUUCUACUCGAUUUGCCAGUUUUUGUUGAAACUCUAAGAACUGAUAUUUUGCCAGAUAGAAAAAUUUGA